AACGGCGCAGUUUGCCAAUGUCGACCGCCCUCCAAGGAAACGUUGUGGCGAUUACUGGGAAGCUCUCGAUUGGGACCCGCGACAUGAUCGCGGACCUUGUUCGCGCCCACGGCGGGGUCAUGGCACGCUCCAUGUCAAAGCACGUGACGCACUUGGUCACGUCGGAUCCGACGGCAUCGUCGACGAAACUCGUCCAAGCAAAAAAGCUGGGAGUUUUCGUCGUUGGAGAGUCCUUCCUGACGAGUUUACCACCGCUCAUGUCGAGCGACGCAUCGUCCCCUCCAUCCAAGAAGCCCAAAGUGUCCGAGUUCCACGGCCACGUCUACUUUAUUUACGGUGACCUGUCGAUCGACCACGACGAAGUUGUAGCGUUCAUUCAAGCCAAAGGCGGAGUGUUUUCCCCUACCCUGACGGACGCUGUCACCCACGGAGUUUUCGAAGACCUUUCGGCCAACAGUCCCGCACACACCCUGGCCAGGGAGAGACGAAUUUCAAUGGUCGACGAGUCGUACAUCACGCGACGAAUGCACGCAGACAUGUUUGGCAGCGACACUGAGGAUAAAGCUUUCAGCCCGGUCCCUAAGACUGUCAUGGCAGAUGGAGAUGCGGUCGCCGUUUCCGGCAAUAGCUCCAACUACGAAGUGCGCUUUCGCGGCGGAGUGUAUUACUGCACGUGCAUGGGAUGGAAGAUGCAGAACAAGGCGGUGGACGUCCGGUCAUGCAAACACUUGCGUCAAGUUCUCGGCGAUGAAUUCGAUCGAUGGCGGACAAAGGAAGAUGCCAAACGAGGUGGAGCAGCGCGAAAGAUCACCAUCCAGCCCAAACAAAACGCACCGAAGCUCCUCUUGGCGCAAAAGUGGCAGGGUCAAGACGUGGUAGGGUGGUGGAUCAGUGAAAAAUUCGACGGCGUGCGGGGGUACUGGACCGGUGCCGACUUUGUCAGUCGGGUCGGGAAUGUCUUUGGCGCGCCAGACUUUUUUAAACAAAACCUGCCGACGAACCACCACUUAGACGGCGAACUCUUCUUGGGACGCCGCAUGUUCGAGCAAACGGUCGGCAUCGUCAAGAGCCACAACGCCAGCGACAAGUGGAAACGUCUCAAGUUUAUGGUGUUCGACAUCCCAACCCUACAAGGCCAUGACUUUGAAGCACGGCAGGCGUUCGUAAAGUCGUUGGUGGCCGACUGCCCGUACGUCGAGGUCGUGACGCAGACGCGAUGCACGUCGGAGGCCAUGAUGCUGAAAACCCUCGCCGACGUCCAAGCUCUCGGCGCGGAAGGCCUCAUGUUGAGGCAACCCAGGUCGCACUACGUGGGCUCGCGAUCAUCGUCCCUGCUUAAAGUCAAGACGUUCUUGGACGAUGAAGCUAUCGUGGUCGGCUACGAAAACGGCAAAGGCAAGUACGCUGGCGUCGUCGGAAGCCUCAAGGUCCGCAACCGUGCAAACAAAGCAUUCUCGGUCGGGGCGGGCAUGACUGAUGUUAUGCGUGCCGACCCUCCAAAAGUUGGUACGAUCGUCACGUAUCGAUACCAGGAAACAACGCAAGCAGGGAUUCCACGGUUCCCUACGUUUGUCGGCAUCGCCAUCGAUAAGGAAUGGCCACAGAGUUAGACACGGAAGGGAUUCGCAUGGCUCGCAUCGUUACUCGCAUCAAUCAACUCUACUCCACUGUCCUGGCUUGAUCUUUGCUUUCACAAUCGAUGGACAAGGUCUCUUGGGUAUUCUCUUGGGCUGGAACAUCGCGGCCAUCUUCUUUCGCAACAGUAUCUGGCACUACCACCGCCGACACUUCACACGGCUGCAUUCAACAAAGCUGCUGCUGUCUCGGGGCUCGCGUCUAGUAGAGAUGCGGUGGUCACCACACCGUCAGGUGGGACGGCUUCAACGUGCUGGAGAUGCUCGUGCACGAUUGCCGCACAUUGCAAACAGUUGUUGAUGUGGGCGGCUUGAAUGUCCUUGGCUCGUUUCAAGUCAUCUUGGACGCUAUGGGCGACGUGUUCCAAGUCCGUUCGCUGCGCUUUGACUUGAUGGGCGACGAGGUAGCACCGAGCCCAGAGGUAGAAAGCCCACAUGGCUUGGCUGGUGUUGCCAACACUUUGGAGGUCGAGGGCUGGGUCGGCGAGCAGCGCGAGGACGUCAUUGUUGGGCGCGGUCGUCGAGGUCAAGAUGGACGGGAAGUCGCACCCGUCGACGAGAGUGUCCAGGACGUUGGGAUUUGAGAGCAACUUACGCUUUCCGAUUUCCCACCACUCGGUCAAGUUGGCAGGAUCCGACGGUCCAGGGAAGCCCAGAAUGAGCACCAAGCACUUCAUUACCCAAGCACACCGUUCGGGUGGUUUGUGUAUCGACUUGAGUUCGCUGAUGCUGCAUUUUGUCAGCGAAUUCAUCGCAUUGUGGGCUGCUUCCAUGGCUUGCACGAGCGCAGCGGGCACCUCCGCCAUUGGCGAGACAGGAUGCGCUUCGGUACGAGUUGUCGUGGGUGUCCCAACGGCGGGAAUUGGGUUCGACGCCAUGUAGGUCGCUUCUUCGUGCGGCGUUCGACCUGCCGUGUUGCGCAGCGAAGGAUUGGCUCCAGCCAAAAGUAAUAGCCGGACGAUGUCGGCAUGGCCAGCUCGACACGCUACGUGAAGGGCUGUGUGCCCCCAUGCCAUGAUCGCAUUCACGUCCGCCCCGCGCGCGAGGAGAAAGUCGACGACGAGGGGCGAGUUCAUGUCACUAGCGACCCCGAGCGGCGUCAGGAAGGUCGAGACGGUGUUGAUGUCGGGGCCUAAGUCGAGCAUGUCUGUCAGGCGUUGGAGGUUGGCGUCCUGGCAAGAGUGGCGCGUCACGCCCACCAAGAGAAUCCCAGCAACGAGUUGACGCACGCGGGUGUUGAGCCCGUCGAAUCCAACCCCUUGCUCAAUCGCGCGGAAGAUCUCGUCCUUGUCGUUUGGAUUAAAUGCUUCGGCAUGGCGGGCAUCGAGCGCUUGGAGGGUGUCGAUGACGUUGCGGUAGUUUUCACGUAGGCUCACACGAUAGUCGGUCCAUUGUUCCGUCGGCAUGGCCACGUCGAUAGCGGCCCUCGUUUGAAGCGCGGCAAAAACUUCCCACAGGCACCACGCCCGCUUGAGAGGGAUCGGAUCCAGGAAGGGCUGGAACACCAGCACGACUUUGCCAAUCGUCCGAAUCGCGUCGACAAAUGUGGUCGACCACCAGCUGUGCGGACGGGCAGGGGCGUUGUGCUGGUCCACGACAAACAAAUCGAUCCAAAAGAACACGCCGUCCUUGGACUCUGGCGGCGGCAGCGACAAAAAGUAAAUCUCAAUCGCUGCCACCAGAUCGCAAAAGCUGUACUUCCACGCAUGCGACACAAAGUGCGUGGCGCGACCGAUGCUUCCAGGCGCAGCAGUCGGCGCCAACAGUUGGGCAUAUGAGCAAUUCGUGUUCGCUGUGUCAGGUUGGACAACUGCAGCACACACGUCGGACGUUGUGGCCGACGGUGGGAAGCGUCCCGAUGCGACAUGGCUGUCCUUCCACGCCACCAGGAAGGCGCAGCUCACACCAAUGGUGGGGAACAUGACGAAGGAGGUGAUGGGGCGGCGCUGGUGCCUAAUUAUAUCCGACCCAAAAACGAGCCCUGGCCUUUCAACCGACUUGCCCACGGCGACGACGAGCGAAUGCCAGGUGCAUCUUGACGGCAACGACAGUGAUAUGCAUCAAUGGAAUAAAUUAUGGACCGACUUAGACGAGCUCGACGUCGGGCUCGUCGGCGUCGUGCGAAGGCAGUCGGAUGAGAUCGUAGCGAGCGUCCAAGAUAGCGUUCAUCAUGGUGUGUGCGGGCGUGACCGCCUCCCCCGUCAGCGCUGCCUUCAGCACACUUGGCGAAAACCCCGACAGGAGCGACACGUUGACGUCGGAUGCGACCGCGGGGGUGUCGGUGAUGGCCCCCUGGACGUUCCAAAACACGAGGUGGGGCACGUCGAACCCGGCCUCGCUGUACAAUCGCUGGAGCGCCUUGAAGUUGGUUUCAAACGCGCGGUCCGCCUGGUCGAACUGCAUGUCGGACACAACGAUGAGUCUCGCGGGCAUCGAGUCGCGGGCCACCGCCUUGGCCAUCGCCGUGUCCAGGAUGAGCCGUAGCGCCGCCAUGAAGUUGGUCGAGCCACCCCACGGCGCCCCCGCCAAGCUGUCCACACGCUCUUUCAAGUUGCUGCCUUUCACGACGUGGAACUGCGGAGUCGUUUCGAACGUGAGGACGAGCCCCUUGAACUCGCCCUCGGCAACUUCAGAGAUGAGCAGCCCCAGCGCAAUCGAGACCAGCAUGGGCAACCCUUCCAUGGACCCCGACACGUCCGACAUGACGAGCGUCCGAGACAGAGUCCCGAGGUCCCGUCCUUGCUGCAGCAUGACUUGCCACUGUGCUUCCACGAGGGGGUCGGCCUCUAGCUCACGGUUUCUGUAGUACUGUUCGACCACUUGGUGCGGAAACAGCACGGACGCAUUCACUUUGGACUUGCCCGUCGCCAGGCCCGCCUUCCACUCGGAGAACUUGUCGCUCAGAUGCCGCUCGAAUGCAUGUUUGGGCUUGCCGUGAAUGUGCAUGGCGACGCUCGGUACUUUGUUCAGAUCGAUCGCGUCCCAGUCCUUGGCGCACAUGAAUCGCUCGAGGAGCUGCAGCGACGCCCGCAGAGGAGACAAGUACGUCUUGCGCAGUGAGGCGCAUGUGAGGCCCAUUUUCUUGGCGAGUUUGCUCGUCACGCGAGAGGUCUUGUCGCUGGCUUUCUUCUCGGAUGGAACCCACUUGGCGCAGAGACUGACCGGCUCGCCGCGACCCAAUGCGGCAAGGUCUUCUCGAAGUUGGUUGCCAAAUACGUCCAAGGCCGCAGCUUCGACUGGCGUCCCCAUGAGCGCCAGGAGGUCGUCGAAACGACCAUAUUCAGCAACGUAGUGCUUUAAGUUGUGCGUGAGUUCGACUGGCUGGUGAAUGGCCAGCCACUUGAGAGCGAACCGAGCGACGGUGCGCUCCCCCUUUCCGCCGCGGCAGUCGCGAAGGUACGCCACAAUCUUGAGCGUGUGCAGCGGGUCUUCCUUGUACGACGCUGCGACCAAGUCGCACACACGGUCUUCAGAGGUGCCGCGAAGAGCGCCAAAGUACAAAUCGACGCGGCUGCUCGUCGACGUAGCGUUAGAGGCCGCACCAUUCCACGUGACAGCAGGGGGCAUCACGAGGGUAGGCGACGGAGUCAUCAUGAC